AAUUCGAGACAGAAUGUACAUGUGCAUGAGCCGGGGGAGGGCAGAGAGAGAGAAGCAGACUCCCCACUGAAAGCAGAGCCCAAUGUGGGACUCAGUCUCCUGCCCCCUGAGAUCAUGACCUGAACCGAAAUCAAAAGUCAGAUGCUUACCCGACUGAGCCACCCAGGUGCCCUGUAGUUGCCUUCUAAUGAAACAGGCAUAGGAUAUGUCCUUUGGACUUAGGGUCAUGCCGGGACCCCACAGAAGGAACCUUAAAAUAGGAACUUUGGUCCUUACCCUUAGAAUUGCCUCUGUCACUGAUAGAAGGCAGGACAACCAGGAUUCUCUUAAGCUCUCCCGGGUAACGAGCGAGGUGACCAAUCAAGUCCGAGGCGUGGGGUAUGUUGUUGGAGGUGAACGUGUUGCUAUGACUACUGAAUCCUGGGUGACCGACCAGCAGAAGGGAGAUCCUGUUUCAUGUCCUGAACCUGCGUCCCGCCAGCUUGUAGACAUGUCUGUGGGAAAGGUGACAAAAGCCGAAGAGGAUUUUCAAAGGGUCCUGGGAUUUAAGAAGAUGGCUGACAGGUGGCGAAACUCGCACGCUCGCUGUCUGUGGCAGACGACACUCAGCCAGAGGAGAAACCUGAACGCUACCGUGAGGUUGCAGGACACCCUGGGACAGGAGUUGGCGCUGGCCAACAAGCAACUCCUGAUGGCCCGGCGGGCGGCCCUGCGCGCGCUGCUGGAAGCGGAGCAUCGCCGGUGGCAGCGGGAGCUCGGCGAGGGCGGCAGAGCGCGCUUCGUGGAGAGACUCUGAGCGCAUGUGGAGCUGCUCGGAGCGGCUCGCGCGCGGACAGACGCUCGUCCCUCGGUCCCGAGUCUCCGUUUCUCCGAACAGUGUUAAUUCGUGGCCAUAAAUCCGAAAACAGCUCCCUGGGU